UGUUGCUGUGGAUACCCUACCCUUCUGAACUAUAGCUAGACAGUGUUGUCUCUGAAGUACGAUAGGUGUCUCCUGGAUCCGAUCGAUCAACACAUCAACACACUAGCUAGCCGCUAGAAGUGCCCAACACAAACAGCCAAGACGGUGGCUCCGCCCGCCCAAGCAAGAGCCACAAACAAGAGGAACCAAGGAAGUGCGUGGCGUGGAUCGACUUGACAUCAACAACAGUGUAUCUUUUACCCAACCCCCACCCUACCGAUUCAGUAAGGCUUCAAAAGGGCAAGAGAAGGGUCGGAAGGACGGACUUAUAAAGAGGACUAAAAAAACCCACGGAAGCUCGGCGAAUAGCCAUUUUUUGAUUGCCAGUACCUUCAUCGGGCAAACCAACGGCAGAGGUUCUUGCAGGUGUUGAUAAGGAUGUCAUAAAACGAGUUCUAGGAAAAAGCACAGUAGACCACUUCGAACCAAGCAGAGUACACGUACUUCGUCGCUCCACAAUAGACUAACUCAAUCGCGAGAAUGAAUCUGUAUCUUAACAAACCACUCCGCCUGGUCCUGGUCGUGCUCCUCCUCACCAGCCUGGGAGUCACCUCUGCCGCCAGCUUUGGGAACUGCACUGCCUCAGGAAAUACGUUUUAUUGUCCAUCCAACUGUGGAGGAUCUUACGUGGAGGACUGCCUCUCCUGCGAUGGUUACAUGAGUUCCGACCAAGACCACAACAUUUGCAUUGAUCGACGACUCUUCCAGCCCCACAACACGGACCCGGAGAAUCACGAUGAUCACUAUCAUUAUCUCUGGAAUGAUCUUGUUGGAGCUGUCGUUUGGUUCUUCACCGCCGGAAUUGCAAUCGCCUGUGGAGUUGGUGGUGGGGGUAUCUACGUUCCUCUUGGGAUCCUGCUGCUACAGUUGGCUCCGAAACAGUCUUCCGGGCUCAGUCAGGCCAGUAUCUUUGGGGCUUCUCUCGCAGGUCUCAUUCUCAACUCUCGAAACAAGCAUCCUGUCGAGACGAUCCGUCACGAGGCAGGUGUGCUCGAAGGGACUCGCCCACUGGCCAAGCAAAAGGAGCUUUCCAAAGCCGAGGCGCAACAGUACCUGGAAAAGGGUGGCAAACACUAUACUCGCCCAGUCAUCAACUACGACAUGGCGCUCUUCAUGAGUCCCAUGCAAAUGGCCGGUGCCGUGCUGGGUGUGUUGGUCCAGCGAGUGCUCCCGAACUGGCUCUACUUGCUGACAGCAGCAUGUGUCUUGUCGUAUACAUCCUACCGAACGUACAAGAAGUACUUUUCUGCCCGCAAGGUCGAAAAGGAAAAGCUCGAGGCUUCCAAGUGUCAAGCCAAGAAAGAAGUCCUCUCGACGCAAGAGACCGAUUCUUCGGGUCCUGUCGUCGAGGAGGGUGAAGAUGUGGCACUCGAAGAGGCCAGCAAUGACGCUCCGAAGGAGCAGCAGAGUUGUGCCGAAGAAGAAAGCAUUUCCACUGUCGACGAAGAAGCUCCCCCGUCUUCUGUUCAAAUGAACGGUGAGAUAGUUGAGGAGAUUGGUAGAGACACAACCGAUCAAGACGAUAGCCUCGAGCUCCGCAUUCAGUUUUUGGAAGAGGACAUGCGUCAGUAUCCACUCGAGAAGAUUGGUGCACUUGUUCUCCUCUGGAUCGGACUAUUUGUGCUCACUUUGCUGCAAGGGGGGAAGGGUGUGGAGUCUCUUCUUGGCAUCCAAUGUGACUCUCCCUGGUACUACGUUAUGAUCUCGAUCCAGUUCCUGUGGCUGUUUUGCUUCGCAGCCUACUUUGGACGCAGGCUCAUGAAAGAUCAAGAGGCAAGAGCCGCCGUGGCUUAUCCAUACCUUGGAGAAGAAGAUCCAGUCUGGGAUGCCCCAUCGAUUCGCUACUACGGUGCCUUUUGCUUCCUUUCGGGAGUUGUGGCGGCCUUGAUUGGCAUUGGUGGAGGCAUGGUGCUGGGUCCAAUGAUGCUAGUUAUGGGAAUCGAUCCACGAGUCUCGACUGCCACGAACUCAACCAUGAUUGUGGUGACGAGCAGCAGCAUUGCCAUCAUGUUUGUAACAUCUGGUAUGGUUCCUUGGAGCUAUGCCGUCUUUUACUUUUGCGUCACGUUUGCCGGUGCCUGGCUGGGCAAGAGCCAGAUCGAUGGCUACGUGAAACGGACUGGCAAAGCUUCCAUGCUGAUCUUCAUUUUGGCUUCCAUCAUUGCAUUUGCCACCAUUGGUUGCUUUGUCAUUUUCAUUACUCGGCUAAGUGCCAAGGGUUGGUGCUUUGAUGACUUCCGGCCAUUCUGCACUACCAGUGAGGAAGACGAGAAUUGUCCAGUGGAUCGAAUGCUUGCCUUCAUGAACCCUAUGUAGAUAAAAAAAUUUAUAGUCUUCCAUCUUCCUUUUGUGAUGUAUGCUACCGGUACUUCCUGG